AUGUCGUUUUUUGAAGCAAUUCGAAAUACGGCAAACUCGGUAAAAGAGAAGUUCUCUGAAAGCCCAUCACCAGGUUUAACAAGAGAUGAGAGGUUUAGAUUAGAAUACAAUCUUCCCAAUGCGGAGUAUAUAUUGGAUGAUACCAGUGCUGAGAUUUCUGUCUUGAGCCCUUAUAAAGGUUUUAAAUCUGGUAAUGGAACCAGAUCACAGUUCGAAAGGUCAAUUGAGAACACAUACGUUUAUUCCGGAAGGCUAUUUUUAACUCCUCACUUUCUUGUAUUUCGUGAUUCUUUUGAUCAUAAAAGCGCCGUGCUAGUGUUGAAUAUAUCUACAGUCAAGAGGGUUGAGCGGGCCCAUAUUGCAUCAUAUGCCUUUUCGUUGCAAAUAACAUUACUUUCUGGGGCCAGAAUAAUUAUUCAAUUUAUCGGCUUAAGAUACAGGUCCGAAGAGUUCUCGCAUAAGCUCAAGGUUCAAUUGAAGGCUAAUAUUCCACAAACCAAGGAUAUGCCAGCAUUUUUGAAUUCCUUAUACUCUGAAUAUUUGAUUGAAAAGAAUAUAAGUAAAAAUCACGAUUUGAAACCCCCACCACUGGGAUUAGGACAGAUAUAUAGGUAUCCAGGAGACCCAGCAUUACAGAAGGAAAAGGCCAAGCUUAGACUGUGGUUUGAGUAUUUUAAAGCUAAUGGGGUGAACCUAUGGCUCGUCAAGCACCCUGCAUUCUAUAAGCUUAUUCGUGUUGGGGUUCCCAACAGAUUAAGAGGUGAGAUAUGGGAACUAUGUUCUGGAUCAAUGUAUGAAAGGUUCAUGAACAAAAACCUAUAUCAGAAGCUUCUGGAUGACCACAAGGGUGAAAAAUCACAGGCAAUUGAGGAAAUUGAAAAGGAUUUGAACAGAUCAUUGCCCGAUUAUCCUGCUUAUCAAGAACCCGAAGGUAUAGACAAAUUGAGAAAUGUGUUAGUAGCGUAUUCUUGGAAGAAUCCAGAUGUUGGCUACUGCCAGGCAAUGAACAUUGUCGUUGCUGGUUUGCUAAUAUUCAUGACUGAAGAACAAGCAUUUUGGUGUUUAUGUAAUCUCUGUGAAUUAUACGUUCCCGGAUAUUAUUCAAAAACAAUGUACGGAACACUUCUUGAUCAAAGAGUAUUUGAAGCAAUUGUGGAAUCUAAGAUGCCCGUUAUGUGGAACCAUAUUGCUAGGUUUGAUAUUCAGCUUUCUGUUGUAUCGUUACCAUGGUUCUUGUCACUAUUUUUCACUGCAAUGCCUCUUCACUUCGCUUUUAGAAUUAUGGAUAUAUUCUUCGUUAACGGUCCCAAGACUCUAUUCCAAGUGGCUCUGGCGGUAUUAAAAGUAAAUUCGGACGACUUGUUAGAAGUUGAUGAUGACGGUAUGUUCAUUGCAAUAUUAAAAAGUUAUUUCCAAAGACUAGACGAAAGCGCUCAUCCAGAAGCCAGUGAUCCUAAAUACAGGCAAGUCACCAAGUUUCAAGAGCUAUUAGUUGUUGCAUUCAAAGAAUUUGAUGUUAUCACAGAUGAACUCGUUGAGUCUGAGAGGAAUAAGUAUAAAAAGGGAAUUCUGCACGAUAUAGAGUCAUUCGCCAAAAGAACACAACUAAGAAACGUUGUGAAAGCUAUCAAUCUCACAGACGACGAAGUCUCGAACAUCUACGACAUCUACUAUCAAAGCAUCGACUCGUACAGAAUUAGUAUGGGAACAGGUUCUUCUAAAAUGGAUUUUACAUCUUUCGUACAAUUCCUAGCCAAGAUAUGUGACUGGUGUAAGGCCAGCUCUAGCGAUUUAGAUCCCAGGUUUAGAAAGCAGCGCACUGAUUUCUUGAAAAGAUUGUUCCGGAGCUGGGAUAAAGAAGGUCUCGGAGAAUUGACUUUGAACGAUGUAAUUUCUGGAUUGGAUAAAAUGAAGACAGAUGAUAUCAUGGAGUCUAUGAAUAACUUCUUCGGGCUUUACGAUGAAGAAAAUAAAGGAAAGAUCCAAAGAGAGCAAAUGUUACAAAUGUCUGAGGAUCUCCUAAUUCUAACAGAACCUUGGAAAUCAGGGCGUUGUAUUGAUCUUCUGACCCAAAGAUCUAUAGAAAACGACAUUGCGGAGAGCAUAGUGAAGAAGAACGACGGAAAAAUAGUUAGCAUAGAAGAGAUCGAGCUUCCUAAGGGUGUUGUAAUCGAUGAUGAGAAAUACAAGGCUGAACAGGCUGAAAGAUAUUUGCAUGCGGCCAGCAGCUUUUUACAACGUUGCUUCGAGUAUGCACAGCCUCUUGAGCAGGAAAUUUCUAUAGAUCUAUUAGAUUUGUCGGAUGAUAAUGAAAAUGAUGAUGAGGAAACGAGAAAGAAGAGAAACGAAAAGAAGUGGAAAAGUCUGAAGGCUAACGCUGCAUUAAAUCCGAACACCCCAUGUGUGCUAGAUCUAGCUACAUUUAGAAUGCUUGUACUUGCUGACGAAACUUACGAACAAUUCUUCGCUUACACUCUAAGACAUUCGAUCCAUGUUGACCAGCAGGUAUACGCCCUAGAAAGCAGGUCCAAAGCACUAAGAAAUGUCUUUGAUGGAUUGAUUGCUGACGGAAGGAGAGUUGCGAAUCAAGUACGGCGUAGAGUUGAUUCAGUAGCUACUCAACAAUCUGCAUCUCCAAGCCAAGAGAAACCUAUUGAUUUAGACGAUUUCACUUCUGAUCAUGCAGAAGAUGGAAUGGAGUUACUGCAUACAGAUUAUAAUUACAAUGAGUUGAUAGGUAUGGAAGAUGGUGAAGAUCAAGCAGAAAGAAAGAAACUAGAUUCUUUUGCCUUAAAUCCAUCGACAUCUAAGCAAAGCGCUUCUUCUAAAUCAAACAAUAACGAUCUCAUUGAUUUUGAAGCAUGA